AUGGGUGAAUUUUUUAAAUUGUUGAAAUACUUUUCGUAUGUGUAAUCGUGAACCAUGUCGGAUUGAGACGGGAAAAACGUGUCCAUUCAGAGAAUCGAUGUCGGUUCAGAGAUCGAUAGCCGCGUCUCUAAGACGAAUCGUGUAAAGUAGGAGUUGCGGUUCACUUGAUCCGGUCCUGGACGUUUAAAGGAGCCACAAUUUCCGUCCGUCUCGGUCUUCUUCGAGCCUCCUUCAAAGAUCGCCGUGCCCCAUGAUUUGACACGAUGGGCGGCCAGAAGUUCCAAUACGACGAGAGCGGUGGCACGUUUUUUUACUUCCUUCUCUCCUUCUUGGCCCUCAUCCUCAUACCGAGCACUUACUACUGUUGGCCACGUAAACAAAUCGAAGAUCCAACGAAGGACGAGAAAGAUUGCCACUGCGAGAAUUGUAAAAAGAAGAAACAGAUUUUGAAGUCGAACGAACCAUGGAAAGGGACAAAACAGACCAUAGCAAAACUGGUUAUCAUAUCAGGUUGGCUGGCAUUGAUUUUCUUAACGUAUAAAGUAUCACAAUUUGAUUAUGAGUAUGCCAACUUUGACCCUUACGAGAUUUUGGGCAUCCCUAUGGGUUCUUCUCAAGCAGCUAUUAAGAGAUCCUAUAAAAAGCUUUCCCUCGUCCUCCAUCCCGACAAAAAGACCGGUGAUGAGAAAGCCUUCAUGAAGCUAACUAAAGCAUACCAAGCGCUGACAGAUGAAGAGGCGAGGAGAAACUGGGAGAAAUAUGGGAAUCCAGAUGGACCCGGGGCAAUGAGUUUCGGCAUAGCUCUGCCUUCUUGGAUUGUCGAGAAGGAAAACUCAGUUUGGGUUUUAGGGUUGUAUGCAUUAGUUUUUAUGCUUGCCUUGCCUACUGCAGUUGGCAUCUGGUGGUACAGGUCAAUCAAGUAUACCGGAGACCAGGUUUUAUUGGAUACAUCACAAAUGUAUUAUUACUUUAUACACAAAACACCAUCGAUGGCUUUGAAACGAGCCCUUAUGAUUUUAGCCGCAUCAUUGGAGUUUGAGAAAAAAUAUAACAGUGACAUAGUCGAGCGGCCAACUGACAACAUAGAAAUACCUCAGCUUAUAAAGCAACUUCCAAAUUUGAGUGAGAAAAACAGGGAGAAUCCGUUAUGCUUCCCUUAUUCGAUCAAAGCGAGAGCUCUUAUCCACGCGCAUCUUUCCAGAUUCGCCCUCAACCCUCUUACACUCGAUAAAGAUAGAAUGUACAUAGUUAAAAAAUGCCCUUACUUGAUUCAGGAAAUGGUCGGAUGUGUAUCACAGCUUAUAAUGCUUGCUUAUGCGAGAAGAGUCGGACGUUUGCCGACGAUCGAUACCAUCGAAAACUGCAUGAAGCUGUGCCCGAUGAUUGUUCAGGGUAUGUGGGAUUACAAAAGCCCCUUCCUCCAGCUGCCGCACAUUGGCGAGGAGCAUAUAAAAUACUUUGUGACAAAAAAGCGGCACAUUAAGAGUAUACAGCAGUUCGCACAACUAAAAGCUGAAGAGCGUAGGAACAUACUUAAAUACCUGAAUGACAGCCAGUAUGAAGAUGUCAUGAAAGUCACUGGGAAAAUGCCGCUUAUUGAUAUGCAAGUUCGUUCCGAAGUUGUUGACGAUGAAGCGUCGACAGAAAUAACUGCUGGAGCGAUAGUCACAGUGACUGUCACUCUAGAAAGAAAAGACAUGAAUUCGCUGUUCGGCGAUGAGACUGUCAAAGAAAAACAUUGUGUUAUCGAUGAGGAUGUCAAACAAGAAGGCCAGGGAGAUGAGGAAACCAAGGAAAAGGAGCAGACGAAGAAGCCCGUCUGGCAGAAACAGAAGAAAGGUGCCAAAAAGCCAUCAAAGAAGCAACAACCAAAGAAGCAACAGUUCAAAGAGAAACAAAGUAACGAUAAACAAAUCCGGAAAGAGGAUGACAAAGAGAAGCCGAAAUCGAAUGGGACUGAGAAGAAAGAGUCAAAUUCUGGGGGAGGAGAUGCUGAUUCAUCUGCAGAUGAGAGUGACCUCUCUGAUGAUGACAUCGACAGAUCUGAUGACGAAGGGAGUGACAAAAAGGGGUCUGGAAUGGAGGAUGAUGAUGAUUGGGAGAAAUUCCAAACCAAUAUCAAAAGGCGUGACAGGGCUCUUGAGGGGAAAAGCAAAUUGUCUCAUACAGUUCACUGCCCAUUUUUCCCAGAGGAAAAGCAAGAGUAUUGGUGGGUAUAUGUGAGCGACCGUAAGUCUAAAACUUUGCUGACUGCACCGGUACAUGUGACGAGCUUGGUUGACAGGGAGGAGGUCCAGUUGAAGUUCACUGCACCGAAAUGGACCGGUUUCUACACCUUCACCGUCUGCCUUCGUUCCGAUUCGUACAUCGGUUUCGACCAGACGACUGAGCUCAAGAUGGAUGUAAAGAAAGCACCCGAGGUGCCUUUGGACCACCCGCAAUGGGACCUGUCGGGCGAAGAGGAGGAGAAUAAACCUGAGGGCGAGACAAGCGAUAUAUCCGAAUUUGCUACAGACGAUGAUGUCGAUGAUGACGACGAUAAAAACUAAAAAACAAAAAACUCCUGUUAUGAAAACUAAAGAACAAAACCAGAAAGCUUUGUACAAAUAUUUUUUCCUUUUAUGUUAAAGCUGUUAAAAGAGGUUAAUUAAAAACAAAAACCUUUUUUUUUAACAUCUAUUAUUAAUAUUAUUUAUUUAAGUAAAAUUUUUUAUAUGUUUGUCAAAUAUUUAAAGGAUCGAUUACAAAAUUUCCCUUUUCGGUAUUAUUUUUAAACCAAUUUUUCACUUGAGGAAAUAUUUUUAUAAAUUAUAUUAUAUACAAAAAGAAAAAUUCUGUACAGACUUAAUUUAACAUUCCUUUUAUUUUAACAAUUGUUAAAUGUUGGUGCUUCCAGGAAAAGGUUGGUUGAACGUAAUGCGGAAAAAAAACUUAAUUUAAAAAAGAAAUUGUUCGCUGCUCAAUCAUGAUUGAUAUAGACUGAAUAAUUUUUAUUUCAGCUAAAAGAAGAGAAAAAUACUUAUAAGAACUAAAAACCGUUCUGAUUACUAUGAAUUAUAUAAAAAAAUUGAAACUAGUUUGUAAAUAUGUUUUCUUUUUUUAUAAAUAUAUAUACAAAGAGUUUUAGGGGAAUGAAAGGAAUAGAAAUUUUUUAGGGGAGAUUUGUUUUUAAUUAUUCUAUUUGUUGAUGUAGAUAACAGGUCUUUAUUGAAUACAAUUAAAUAAAUUAUGUAAAUAAAAAAGGUGUGAAUGUUAUGACUUAUGAUGCAUAAACAAAAGCCAAGCCUAGAUUUGAUUUGGAUUUGAUGAGGGUUUGAAAAAAAAAAGUUUUUGUGCACUCGAUAGUGAUACAAUUAAAAUUACCUUUUCUAUUACAA